AUGGGCAAAAUACAUCCCAUCUUCUCCACCUCCUCCGCCGCCGCGGCCGCCGCUACAGCCUCACCUUCACGCGACGUCACUUCGACGACGGAGACGUUCACCAUGUGGAUGAAGUCCCUGGUGAUGAACGGCAACGGCUGCACCAUCUACGACCAAAACGGCGCCGUCGUGUACCGGGUCGACAACUACCAGAAGAAGGGCGGCCGCGAGGUGUGCCUCAUGGAUCUCAAGGGCAAUCUCGUCUUCACAAUCCUCAGAACGGCUUCCUUACUAUUGUGCCCGUUUUUAUCAAGAACGUGGAAGGGCUACAGACGCGACGAGGAGACGGCGUCGUUUAGCGUCGCGAGGAGGACGAAGAGGUUAUUCGCUACGGGUUUGUGUUGCGAGGUCGUGAGUUGCGACGGUCGGUAUAAGAUGGAGGCGUCGUCUGGUGGGAAGCUGACGGCGUUUAAGAUAACGGACGUGGUUAGCGGGGGAGUGGUGGCGGAGGCGAAGAGGAAGCAGUCGACGUCGACGGCGGGGAGGAGGGGAGUGUUGUUGGGAAGCGACGUGCUGACGUUGGUGGUUCGGCCGGGGGUGGACCGUUCGUUGGUUUUGGGUCUAGCCACCGUCUAUGGCUUGAUGAGCCGCAGAUUGUGA